UAUAAAUUACACUUUGGACUCACUGAGAGAGAUUUGCUUGGGGAAAGAUGCGACUGGCGGCCCUUGUUGUGGUGUGGGUGCUGUUCGUUGGAGAUAAUGGGAGUGUGGGAGCAGCUCCAUUUGGACUUGAUUCUGCACAGAAAACUCAUGCAACAGGAUCUUUCCUCUCAGCCCUCAGGAGAAGACAUGCAGGAGACUUUCUGGCAGAAGAUCCCAACCUGUGCCUCUCCCUAAAGGAGGACGAGGAGCAGCGACAGCUCCUGUGCAACGACCGCCGCAGUAAAUUCAACUACAACCCGUUUGGCCUCCGCUUUGGAAAACGCUACAAGAACUAUGUCUUCAGAAGAGCUGUUAAAAGAGCCAGGACCAGAAGCUUUUUACCCCUAUCCUUCUUCUCUCGAGAGCUGGAGGUCUCGACCUAAAGAAAAGUUGUCUCUUCAGCUAAGGAAUUGUGCAAUUUAUGGCAAUGAGUCACAAAUUA